ACAUGAUCCCAGGGGCCCGGCUGAGUGGAGCUGAGACGGUCCAGCCAGCCGUGCACACGCCUGCUCCCCACUCAGCACCUCAUCUCUGGGUAGCUGGCAGGAAAUGCCUCUUACCAGCCGUGGGAGGGGCAGGGGCCGGAAGAAGGCCACCUGGGCGCUGUACUUCCUGCUGCUUCUCCUCGAGGCCAGUUCUGCCAGGAAUGUUUGGAAGCGGGCACUGCUCUCGAGGCCGGCUCAGAAGUCCCGUGCCAAGGAGGUGGGCGCCCCCCGGCAGUCCCAUGCUGACCACUGCCCUCCACCGCCGCGGUCGCUGCCUCCUGGCGCUUGCCAGGCUGCGCGCUGCCAGGCCGACUCGGAGUGCUCACAGCACCGGCACUGCUGCUACAAUGGCUGUGCCUACGCCUGCCUGGAGGCUGUGCCACCCCCGCCAGUUUUAGACUGGCUGGUGCAGCCGAAACCUCGAUGGCUGGGUGGCAACGGCUGGCUCCUGGAUGGCCCCGAGGAGGCACUUCAAGCAGAGGCAUGCAGCACCACGGAGGAUGGGGCGGAGCCACUCCUCUGCCCCACAGGCUACGAGUGUCACAUCCUGAGCCCUGGUGACGUGGCCAAGGGCAUCCCCAACCACGGACAGUGUGUCCGGCAGCGCCAGCAGGCAGAUGGGCAGUUCCUACGGCACAAAUUUUUCAAAGAGAACCCCGAGGGUGACUCCAAGAACGUGGCAGGACACGGAAAAGGGCCGCAGCGGUGGCCUCGGUAAAGCGAGGACCACCAGGUCAGCUGGGGGCGUGAUGUGCGCACCUGGGGCUACUCUGAAAGAACACCCCUUCUUUUUCUGCUCAGCCUUGGAAACAGUUGGGUAGAGAUGAUUUGACCCUCACAUGCCCAGCUCAGCAGAGCAGGACCUCAGAGGUACUUAGAGACAGGACACCUGGGUCUGAACCCCAGCAUUGCCCUCCCCCAACAGGGGCCUUUGUGGGAGCCACUAACGGGCACCGGGUCCCUGUUCUGACGUGCCGGGAGCGAGGCCUUCCUGAGCCCCAGAAGUCCACUUCCAACUCUCCCCUGGAAGAGGGUGCCGCCUUCACCAGCUGAGGAAACUCCUUUCUGCGACAGAGUUCAGUGUCUUGGUUAUCCACAGCUUUCUCUAGACCCGACUGUGGGAGACAGGUGUUUGCCCCGAAUGUCUUCAAAAUAAACUCACCGCUCACAGAAUGGAAAUGAAACCCACUCACGCCUGCAUCACCAUUUUAACCCGUGGACGGUUCUCUGAUUCCUGUUUCUUGCUUGGCCUCACCAUGUAUGACCCUCACAAGCCCUGAUAAAGAGAAUAUG